GCCUCACCCUCACUCACUCGCUCACCUCCCGUCCCGGCUUCUGGAAAGUGUGCGCCUGCCACAGGGGCUGUGCCCUGACUUGUUUCCUUGUGUUCAGGGGGUCAUUAACGUCUCUAAUUGCCCUAACCUGUCAAAGUGUGAAACACUGGCUACAGCAGAACGCACCUUGGUCCCCUGCAGUGACCAGAGAGGGAGAGGACUGGGGGCGGGAUGAGGUGCGGUGGGGGAGUCUGUUGUCCAUUAGCGGGCGGGGCUUGGAGGCCCCACCUUCCCCAGAGCCUUUCUAUCUCCUUGUUAUUUCAGCAGGCUUUGGGAAGUUCAUCUUUCUCUACUAGAGAGGCUUCAGUUCUUCUCUAUCCUGAGAGGACACCCACAGGAGAAGACCCAGAGUUGCCAUGAACCCUGCCAUCACCAGCCGUGAGCGCCCGGACCCCUCGCAGAAGGGUGAUGGCGUGCUCACCUUCUAUGAUGAUGGCCAAGGCAGGAAGAAGGAUGGUCAGCACAGGAGUCCCAACAGCAGCGACCUGGCCUAUGGCAUCCUGGACAUUCCACCGUGGUAUCUCUGCAUCAUCUUGGGGAUCCAGCACUUCAUCACUGCCCUGGGGGGACUCGUGGCAGUGCCGCUCAUCCUGGCCAAGGGCCUGUGUCUGCAGCAUGACCCCCUCACCCAGAGCUACCUCAUCAGCACCAUGUUCUUCGUCUCCGGCAUCUGCACGCUCCUGCAAGUGUUUUUUGGAGUCAGGCUGCCCAUUCUCCAAGGAGGGACGUUUGCUUUUCUGGCUCCCUCCCUGGCCAUGCUCUCCCUUCCCACCUGGAAGUGUCCCGAGUGGACACUCAAUGCCAGCCAGGUGAACACCAGCUCUCCUGAAUUCACUGAGGAAUGGCAGAAGAGGAUCCGAGAGUUGCAGGGCGUCGUCAUGGCCGCUUCCUGCUUCCAGAUGCUCCUGGGCUUCUCGGGACUGGUUGGCUAUCUCAUGCGCUUCAUUGGCCCCUUGACCAUUGCUCCGACCAUCUCCCUGGUGGCCCUGCCUCUCUUCGACUCUGCGGGCAAUGAUGCCGGGGCCCACUGGGGGAUCGCCGCCAUGACCAUCUUCCUCAUCAUGCUGUUUUCUCAAUACCUGAAGCACAUCCCAGUGCCUGUGCCCCUUUAUGGACGACAGGAGAAGUGUCACACGUCUAGCAUCCACCUGUUUCAGCUCUUUCCUGUGCUGCUGGCGCUCUGCAUCUCCUGGCUCCUGUGCUUCGCGCUCACGGAGACCAACACCCUCCCCUCGGCCCCCACCGCCUACGGGUACCUGGCCCGCACAGACACCAAAGGCGACGUCCUGAGCCAAGCCCCUUGGUUCCGCUUCCCUUACCCAGGACAGUGGGGUCUCCCCACCAUCAGCCUGGCUGGGGUCUUUGGGUUCAUCGCCGGGGUGAUCGCCUCCAUCGUGGAAUCAGUAGGCGAUUACUAUGCCUGUGCCCGGCUGGUGGGGGCCCCGCCCCCUCCAAAGCAUGCCAUCAACCGCGGCAUUGGCAUUGAGGGCCUCGGCUGUCUGCUGGCAGGGGCCUGGGGCACAGGGAACGGCACCACCUCCUACAGCGAGAACGUGGGGGCACUGGGUAUCACCAAGGUGGGGAGCAGGAUGGUGAUUGUCUCCUCGGGCUGCGUGCUGCUCCUGAUGGGUGUCUUUGGGAAGAUCGGGGCUGCUUUUGCCACCAUCCCGACCCCCGUGAUCGGAGGCAUGUUCAUCGUGAUGUUCGGGAUCAUCGCAGCCGUGGGGAUUUCCAAUCUGCAGCACGUGGACAUGAACUCGUCCAGGAACCUCUUUGUCUUUGGCUUCUCCAUCUACUGUGGGCUCACCAUUCCCAACUGGGUGAACAAGAACUCGCACCUGCUCCAGACAGGGAUUCUCCAGCUGGACCAGGUCAUCCAGGUGCUGCUGACCACGGGCAUGUUUGUCGGUGGAUUUCUGGCCUUCCUCCUGGACAACACCAUCCCUGGAAGUCUGGAGGAGCGAGGCCUCCUGGCAUGGAGUCAAGCCCAGGGGUCGGAGGAGACUACGAGGGUCUUGGAGAUCUACGCCCUCCCCUGUGGGAUUGGCACCAAGUGCUGCACUUCCUCCUGCACCCGGUUCCUCCCCUUCUGGCCCAGGCGGGAACCUGGUGGGAAAGGGGAGAUGGGAGUGAGUCAGCUCACACUCUGCUCCCAGGAUUUCUCAGGAGAGCGCCCACAGGGUGCCAUAGAGACCCGGAUGUGAGGCUGUCUCUCUGAUGCACGUCCCCAAGCCGUCUCCACCCCACCCCAACCCAGAAUGUGCAGCCAUGGGUAGGGACCACACCCUCCUGAGCACCCCCAGCAUCCUAUACAGUGUGGCAGCUGAAUACGCAGUAGGUGAAGACCAUGACAAGCAUGCUGUGACCUGGCACUCCGUCCCCGCGGCCUGGCCUCAGGCUGCAUCCUUCCCUGGCUCCAGCCCUGCUGUCUGUCAUGGAAACCAGUGUAGCCUGAUGUCCAUCCCCAUCGAAACUCCCGCAGUCUGCGUGUUCUUAGGACAUUUUGAUGCCUUGGGAGAAGAAGCCUCGGGUGGAGCAGGGGACGGAGAUGGGGCUGUUGGCUGAAAGAACAGGUCUCUUCCCAAAGAGGCAGGUGGCCCUGCUGGCCCCUCCAGGCCCUCCCCUCUGUGCCCCUGCAGUUUGCAAACAGUCAGGUGCCAACAAAGCUGCAGCCCUGCACCCCCCCAGUGGGCGUCCUUGGGGUUGCUUCCUGCAUCACAGGACGGUGAGCGGUGAGAGCUGGGCUGUGGAGCAGACAGAUGAAACAGCCUUCAGUAGAGGGGAGCUACUGUCGCUAAAAUGUGUAAACUGUAAAGAUCCAGGCAAACCCAUCCCCAUUCUCUCUGUACAUUCAGUGGAUUCGUCAGGGUUCUCUAGAGAAAACAAGUCAACAGCA